CCCGUUAAACCUUGCCAAUUUUUUCCCAUUCAGAAUUUAAAACCGAGUUUCUAAAGAUUUAACACAAUUGAGAUUUGAGAAACAAGGGAAUAAAGAGAUUUAUCUGCCGUCGAUUGUGGAUGAUCAACAGAGCUGAAUGAAGAGAUUUGUGUAGAUUAUUCAGGUUUUUCUUCGAUACCCGUACUCGCGAUCCUACAAAGUUCAAUGGAGGGUAUUUGAGAAGGUUUUUACAGAUUUUCGAGAUUAUUACUACGAGAUAUUGGCAUGUGCUAAGUUAAGGUUUCAGCCAAUCCCAUCUGCUUGGUUAGGUUACUAAACCUUUUAGAUUUGUGCAUAAAGACUGUAUAGUUAUGACGUUUUAAGGUACAAUUUGGUUAUUGAUAAAGAUCGUACAAAUUUCAAUCGUUCGAGCAAAUUAUACACUUUUACACAAAUUAUUCGGGUACAAUUCAAUUUCCCUACAGGAAGAAAAAGUAAAUUUUGAAUUUUGAUUUGUUGUUUUUAAGAAAAAACCCAAAUAGUAAUUCAGGGUUUUGAAAUUCUGGGUUUGUGUGAUUUUUCGCAAUUGAAGAUCCAAUAUUGGGGAGAAGAAUUUGGAAGAAUUAGAAACACUAAAUCUAAAAACUCAGGUAUUGAGUUGUUGCUAAAUCAUGUCAUACUAUUUUCGAGAUGGGAUUUCCAUUGUUAAAGAACUGCAAGGUUCUAUCAAUUUUCUUGGAUUUUGGACCUGAUGUUAGAUGGGUUGGACUUUGGAGAUGAUACGGGAAUGCUGGGAGUACAUGUUGGUCGACGAUCAAUUGAAUUGCACUUCAUCGUCAAGUAUCUUAACAUGUAUAGGUGUUUCGAACAUAGUGGUUUCCACCGAGUGUGGCGGAUCAAUCACACCAGUUUGUUUUUUUUUUAAACAAAGCUUGAAAUUGUCGUCAAAUUAUAUAUACAAUUUUUAUAAAAAUCGCUUCAUCAUAAGUACCAACAACUCUCUCCUUCUUCUUAUUCUUCUUCUUAAUCACUUCCCUCUCCUCCUCCUCUCCAUCUCUUCUUCUUUCUCUCUUGGUAUACUUACUGAUUUUGCAUCCGUGUUUCGUUGUGUACAAGGGAGAGAUCGCUGCGAUUGUUUCAUGAUGAGGAAGAUCCAGCAAAAAAGGCUUAGAUGCUUGCCCAAUUGCAGUGAACAACGUGGUCAACCUAAGGUGCACAAUACUUAUGGAGCUAUACUGUUCCUCACUUUGACCCGGAAUCACGGCAAUACAGUCACAGCGAAAAAUUGGAAUAAUAUAGGGUGGAGGUGGUAUGCACUUAACUCCAGACCAUAGUGGCCAAGCCGGUGCGGUCAUGUAUACCUGCGUUUUGGAUGCCACCAAUUUUACAAGAGAAUCCAGCCAAUGGAGUGCACCUUCCAGAAUCCAGACACACCAAUGACUGGUGGUCAGAUGGGAAAUCAGGACCCUCGCCCACCAAACGUAACCAACUUUUUUACCUACAUUUUACUUUCACGGUGAGAACAUGAUUUCGCGAAGUGUCCACAGUGGUUCUGAGAAGGCACUCCUUCGCCAGGUUGUAAGCCUUCCAUCAGAGCAAACUAAUAUACUUCCACCAGACAAAAGGGCGUAGUUCUAUAUAAGGUGUACAGUCCUUCACCGUAAUAGCAUUCUUAUCUAUGAAUGUUGUGAAUGUUGAGUACAACAAUGAGGCCGGAAAUAGAUAAGUAAGUAUGAGGAAACAACAAUAGCAUUGAUCAUAAAUUGGGAUA